CCUGCAGCCUUGCAGCAGUGCAGUGACAGAGUCUGUCUCUCUGUGUCCCUGCUGGAGCUCCUGGCCUUCAACCUGACCUUCGUCUUCAUCGCCAGUGUGCUCGUCCUCGUUGAGCCUUUAGCUGCAGGUUCGGGGAUCCCAGAAAUUAAAAGUUACCUAAACGGAGUGAAGGUUCCAGGAGUCGUCCGGCUGCGAACUUGCCUCUGCAAAACUGCUGGAGUCCUGUUCAGCGUGGCUGGAGGUCUGUUUGUGGGGAAAGAGGGUCCAAUGAUUCACAGUGGAGCCAUAGUGGGGGCUGGCCUUCCUCAGUUUCAGAGCAUCACUUUCAAGAAGAUCAAAUUUGAUUUUUCCUACUUCCGCAGUGACAGGGACAAGCGAGACUUUGUUUCAGCAGGUGCAGCAGCUGGAGUAGCUGCUGCAUUUGGUGCCCCUAUAGGUGGCACGCUCUUCAGUCUGGAGGAGGGCUCCUCUUUCUGGAACCAGGCACUCACUUGGAAAGUGCUCUUCUGCUCAAUGUCUGCCACGUUCACCCUCAACUUCUUCCGUUCUGGGAUCAACUUUAACAAGUGGGGCUCCUUCCAGCUGCCUGGUCUGCUCAACUUUGGAGAGUUCAAGUGUCCAGAUGAAGAUAAGAACUGCCACCUGUGGACAGUAGUGGACCUGGCCUUCUUUGUCCUGAUGGGGGUGGUGGGUGGCUUGCUGGGGGCGCUCUUCAACUGCAUGAACAAAAGCCUGGCCAAGUAUCGCAUCAGGAACAUCCACCCAAAGGCCAAGUUCAUCAGAGUUUUAGAGAGUCUACUGGUUGCCAUGGUGACAACAGUAGUGAUAUUUGCUGCUUCGAUGCUGUUAGGCGAAUGUCGUGACCUGUACUCCCCCACAACCCACAACACCACAGUGAAGAAGCUUCGCAGGGGUCAGAGGCAAAGCAGAGUGGGAGCAGGAGUCAGCCAAGAGGAUGUGGCCAGGUGCGGUGGAGGAGUCGGGCCGACGCAGGGCUGCGGACUCACGUCUUUACACUCACCACACAAUCCUCACUCUGUCCCCUCUGGUUUGUCCUCUGUUAGGAAGCUGGGAAUGGACAUCUACCCGGGGACCUUUGCUCUGAUUGGAGCUGCUGCCUUCCUGGGAGGCGUGGUCAGGAUGACCAUUAGUCUGACCGUCAUCCUCAUUGAAUCCACCAAUGAAAUCACAUAUGGGCUGCCCAUCAUGAUUACUCUAAUGGUUGCCAAGUGGACGGGAGAUUUUUUCAACAAAGGCAUCUAUGACAUCCACAUCCAGCUGAGAGGAGUGCCGCUGCUGGAGUGGGAGACUGAGGUUGAAAUGGACAAGUAAGAUUAGUUCUGGGGGCUGAAGGCCUGGUGCUGCACUCUCACUGUCACACACACUUACAGUUGCAAGAAAAAGUGAACCCUUUGGAAUUACCUGGAUUUCUGCAUAAGUUGGU